UCCAUCAGAUAUGACAUAUGAGUUAGCGCGAUAGUAGUCUGGGUACAAGACACAUUUUGUGACUGGUGAGGGCGCUAUGCAAUUUCUUUGAUCAAAAUAAACAUGAACUUUGAAGAUUUGUAGAAUGCAGACGAUGGGAUUCUUGUGAAUGUAAGAGAUGCGAAUAUCUUCCUUAAACGGCUCGUCCUUGGUGCUUGUAGUUCAAACACUUCUACCAAAGAAUAAAACCGUACAUCAAUCUUCACAUUUUACAUGUAAAACUUUGUGUAAAUCAUUGUUUUCUCGAAACUUGUAUGAGAGGAGAAUUUUGUUAGUUUCCUCAAACAACUCUCGAGGUCGAAGGAAGAUGAGUGUUGGUAAUCCAUUGUUAGACUCAGUCGAAGAUGUAGAUAUUGAUGAGUCGGGACGGUUUAAAUACAUCCUUGUCAAGGUGUGGCCACUAGAUGAUGAGAAAACCUUCAAGUAUAUUGUCAGGGGAUAUAAAUGGGCAGAGUAUCAUGCUGAUAUACAAGAGCGGAUAGAGCCAAAGUUUAACAAAAUGAAGAUUGAUUGUUUUUGUGUGGGAGGAGGACGUAUCCAACACAACCCUCAAGACAAAUCCAUAUUAGUUUAUGGCUAUUCAAUGGGUUACGGACAAGCAAAUCACAGCAUUACUGUCGAGAAACUCAAGGCAAAGUAUCCAGACUACACGAGUAUCACAUUUAAUAAUGAGGGAUACUGAGAGACGAAGAGUGAAGGUGGAUCCCUCUGACUUGUCGUCGUCAUCAAAAUCGCUGUGUGAAAAUGAACUUGAAGGAAGAGGGCCUACCACCAGCUGUAUCCUUGGACUGUAUGUUGUUCCGUGGACGCUAUUGUUGAACCGUUUGUGAUGACUGCUUUCAUUGUACAAACCAGAACUGAAGGGGGGUGUAUUUUUUUAUAAAGUCCUGGCAAACAACUCUGUCUAUGUAUUUGCUUGGGAGGGUACACAUUUAGUAAUUGUCAAAGACCAGUAUUCUCACUUGGUGUAUCCCAUCAUAACCAUAAAA